AUGUCAUUGCCGUCGCAGAACCUCAACGGCGGGCCGCCACGCUCUCAACCGUCCAUCCGAUCCUUCUUCCAGCCCGCGGCGCCCAAGUACGGCGCCCCUCCAUCCGCUGAGCGUUCGCCACAACAACAACAUUCACCGCCGCCGCCGCAGGUAUCCCAACAUACGUCCAGUCCGAGAUCGAGUGCUCCUCCGCAAGCUCCCCAGAGUGCGCCGUUGCCUCCUCCAGCCGCUCCUCCACUGCCUCUACGAACGGCCGAAAAUGGGAGUGGCGAACCAGCAACUGCGGUCCCCAUGCCCGCGCCGACACCAACCCAUCAUCCCAACAUCACACUCUCCCCAAUCCUGCCUUCGCACAUACCGAGCCUCAAGCACCUGACGGCACGCCUGCUUCCCGUGCGCUAUCCGGAUUCAUUCUACGUCCCUCUGAGCGAUCCCUUGUCUUCGGGCGCCUUCUCCCGCGUGCUGCUCUGGACCGAUACUCCGACUCCCAGUAACCCAUCGCCCAAGCCGACUUUGAUCGGAGGACUGGUCUGCCGACCCCAGACUACCUUCCAGCCUCGCCCAAACUCGGCACAAGACCUCAUACCAGAUGCCCUCUACGUCCAGAGCCUGGUCCUACAGGAGCCGUACCGAGGUUUAGGUCUAGCGGCGCGCAUGCUCGAGGAAGUGUGCACAUUGGCGGCCCGCGAUGAGAGGUUUGCGUGCCGCACCGUCUGCGCUCACGUCUGGACAGAGAAUGAGGAGGGUUGGGAGUGGUAUAAAGCAAGAGGUUUCGCCAAGGUGGAACCCGUCAUCGAGGGAUACUACCGGCAGCUGCAACCAAGCAAUGCUUGGGCUGUGAGAAGGGAUAUCAGUCUGGGCUCCGUGAGCGGCCGACCCGGUAGGACUUUGGAUGCGGUAAAGGCAAAUGGCAUCGGCACCCACGCCGGCCUGGCCAAGGUCUCGACGCCACCUGUAGCUAGUUUCACGAGUUCGACAAUAACGACGACACCGCCGCCGCCAUCUUCCGGACCGCCUUCCGGUGCCAGAUCGCCCAACCCUAGCGUUACCCGACCUCCUCCCAUCUCCGGUACAUCUUACCAAAAGAAGGGCCCUGAGAACGAGUGGAAUGAUCUGCCAGAAGAUAUGGUCUUGGCAACUCGAACUCCCAGCAAUAACCUGUCUGUGCCAGGCAGUGGCGCCAACUCUGGCGCUAGCUCUCGCAGCAGCUCGACCGUCGGGCGCAAGAAGAGGGAUCGCGCAUAUCCAGCCGCUGCGUUUGGAAACUAG